AUAAAAUAAAAUUUGGCAAGGUAGUGAAAAAAGCGAACUUUAAACCCUAAUACCCAAAUCGGAUUCACGAAAGCGAUCUCGAGCAUCCCAAAUCCGUCUCUCAACUUCUGUUUCCCCUUCGAUUCGAGCAAGCAUUCUAAAGUCGUUUCGUCAUGUCUUGGUGCACAAUUGAGUCAGAUCCCGGUGUGUUUACAGAGCUUAUUCAGCAGAUGCAAGUCAAAGGAGUGCAGGUUGAAGAGUUGUAUUCCCUGGAUCUUGAUUCUCUCAAUAACCUCAGACCUGUCUACGGUUUGAUUUUUCUUUUCAAAUGGCAAGCUGGGGUAAAAGAUGAUCGUCCAACAAUCCAAGAUCCAGUUUCUAACCUUUUCUUCGCAAACCAGGUCAUUAACAAUGCCUGUGCAACUCAAGCGAUCCUAUCUAUCCUCUUGAACUCUCCAGAGGUUGACAUUGGUCCUGAAUUAUCGGCGCUGAAAGAAUUCACCAAGAACUUUCCAUCUGACCUUAAGGGUUUGGCUAUCAACAACAGCGAGGCGAUACGGACUGCUCACAACAGUUUCGCGAGGCCUGAACCAUUUGUCCCAGAGGAACAGAAAGCUGCGACAAAAGACGAUGACGUCUACCAUUUCAUAAGCUACAUACCUGUGGAUGGAGUCUUGUACGAGCUUGAUGGUCUCAAGGAAGGACCUAUCAGUCUUGGUCCAUGCCCCGGUGACCAAAGUGGUAUCGAAUGGCUGCAAAUGGUUCAACCGGUCAUCCAAGAACGGAUUGAGAGGUACUCACAGAGCGAGAUUAGGUUCAAUCUUUUGGCUGUGAUCAAAAACAGGAAAGAUAUCUACACGGCAGAGCUCAAGGAGCUACAAAAGCAGAGGGAACAACUUCAGCAGGAGUUGGCUGGUAUGGACAAAAGCAGUGCAGAAUCACUUGAACUGUUGAUUAGUGAGGUGAAGAGUGGGAUCGAGGCUGUGAGUGAUAAGAUUGUAAUGGAGGAAGAGAAGUUCAUGAAAUGGAGAACCGAGAACAUUAGGAGGAAGCACAACUACAUUCCGUUUUUGUUCAACUUCCUCAAACUUCUUGCUGAGAAGAAACAGUUGAAACCUCUUAUCGAGAAGGCCAAGAAACAGAAAACAGAAACCUCCUCUUGAGAAACCAGGACUUGUUUGUCGGUCUUGCCAAAGCAUUUGAUACUCUCUCUCGUUGUUAAGUCUUUUGUAUUCUGAUUUUUAUCACAAGAAAUAGAUUCUCUAGAUUUAGUUGAA